AACUAGUGUACCGGGCAGUUGCUCUAGCAUACCACCUAGAGGGUCUUGCUACGAAAGAUAGUUUCAAACCAAAGACACGCUCGAAACUCUGAGGACACGAGGUCAUGGCCACCAAAUCACGAGCUGGAGUCGGCGGCGGAAAGUAUUACAUCGCCACCGAUGGGGCGCUGCAGACCCUCGCUGACGCCAGGGUGACCCGCAGCGGCGAGAAGAGGGAGCUGGUGGCCUUGAACGACCGCUUCGCCAGCUACAUCGAGAAGGUGCGGUCCCUGCAGGAGCGCAGCACUAGGCUGACGACCCAGAUCCGAAUCCAGGAGGCAAGUCGGAUUGAGGAGAGAAACAUCACGGAGGUGUACGAGACGGAGCUGACGGAGCUGCGCGCGCUGGUGGACCAGCUCACCCAGGAGACGACUCAGCAGGAGGCCGAGAGGGCCAGCUGGCAGGCACAGGCCGAGGAGUGGCAGGCGAAAUGCGAGGCCGAGACUGCUGCAAAUGCAGCAAGGAGGGCUGAGCUUGCAGCGGUCAAGAAGGAGGUGGAUGCGGCGACUGUGGAGCGUGUUGGAGUGGAAAACAGGCUGACCACAGCACAGGAGGAGAUUGAGUUCUUAAAGAGGGUCUAUGAUGAGGAGACAAGGUGGGUGCAGAGCCAGCUGAACGAGGCCGUGGCCAUAGCUGAGACGGAGACGCCAUUCUUUGCAGGCCCGGACCUGAGCGAGACGCUGCGUGAGAUCCGCCUGCAGUACGAGAUCAUGGGCCAGGCCAACAGGGAUGAGGCCGAGGCCAAGUACAAGGUCAAGUUCAGCGAGCUGUCCCGGCAGCGGGAGGCGGAUAACGAGUCUCUGCUCGCCCUCCGGUCCGAGCUGACCAACCUGAAGGUGACUCUACAGUCCAUCACCGGCGAGACGGAGGCUCUAAGGAGCAAGUCCGGUUCGCUGGAGUCGACCAUGGCGGAAACAGAGGCCCGCCGACUGAGGGAGAUUGCUGAGUACAAGGUCGCUAUCGCCGAACUGGAGCGGCAGAUCGAGAGGAUGAGGGGGGAGAUGACCCAGCACAGCGUGGAGUACCAGGAGCUGGUGAACAUCAAGAUGUCACUGGAUGUGGAGAUAGCGGCCUACAGGAAGCUACUGGAGGGAGGAACUGGGGCUCUUCAGUUCUAAAGCAGUCCUGAGGUCAACAGUCCUGAGGUCACCAUGCAGCCGUGAGGUCAGGCAUGAGGUCACGAUGGAAAUUAAGUCCUCCAGCUCUAGAGGGAAGAUCGUACUGUAUGCACCUUAGUCUGCAGUUCGCGCUAUAUAACGAAGCCAUGUGUCAUACUGUAUCGGGGGAAAAGUACAAUGCACUUGUAUUCAUCACAGAAUAGCAUUGUUCUUGAUCUUUAUAUCACCUCGUUUCCAGAUAAAUUUUCAAUAUGCAUGAUGUAGUCCUUUCCACGAGUAUUCUUUUUUGUAUGCGACAUACUACAUAUACGCAAUGAUGCAUUGGGUAUUUACUGAAUGACGUAAAAGAUCAAAAAUAAAAAUGUGUAAAAUCAAUUCCUUUUCGGGUGUUCUUAUAUACCCCAUGUAGAAAUUAGCAUUUCCAAUCAAUUAUCAUUUUAACAGUAAUACGUGAUAUAUGAGAUGAUAGGAAUAAAAUCAUGUAACAGGGAA